UGUCUUUCUUUAUCGGCUUUUUUCUCCAUCAUGUUCCGCCACGUACUUCGUCGUUCAUUCCACUCGUUACCCAGUGCCAGUAAAUUCGUCGUGACUCCUGAAGUCAGGGAGGCCAUUCUGAAUCGCGGUCCCGUCGUCGCUUUGGAAUCGACCAUCAUUAGUCACGGUAUGCCUUAUCCUCAAAAUGUGGAAACCGCGCGUCAGGUAGAAGAUAUUGUUCGUCAGCAAGGCGCCGUUCCUGCCACCAUUGCGCUUUUGGACGGCAAGGUUCAUAUCGGUCUUACGGAUGAGAUGCUUGAAAAAUUGGGCUCGAUCGGCUUAAAGGCUCACAAAGCUUCCCGCCGUGAUCUUCCUAUUGUGAUGGCUCAGCGUUUGCCGGGCGCCACCACGGUCGCCAGCACCAUGUUUUUGGCCAGAGCGGCAGGCAUUCCUUUGUUUGUCACCGGCGGUAUCGGCGGUGUUCAUCGUGGAGCUGAACAGUCAUUUGAUAUCAGCGCCGAUUUGAUGGAACUGGGAAAGACGCCUGUGGCUGUGGUUUGCGCGGGUGUGAAGAGUAUUUUGGACAUUGGAAAAACUUUGGAAGUUCUGGAAACCCAAGGUGUUUCUGUCACCACGUACGGUCCUACCAACGAAUUCCCUGCUUUUUACUCUCGUGACAGUGGGUUCAAGAGUCCCAGCCGUGUGGAUACCGCCUCGGAAGCUGCCUCGAUCAUUGCGGCCAAUCACGAGCUUUCGAUGAAUAGUGGAAUGGUAUUUGCCGUACCGAUUCCCGAGGAAUCGGCCGUCGAUUCCACUGCCAUUCAGGACGCUAUCGCCACCGCCGUGAAUGAAGCUCGCGCCAAGGGCAUUACUGGCAAAGAGGAAACACCUUACCUGCUCAAGCGUAUUGUCGAAAUCACUAAAGGCGAAUCGCUCGCCGCUAAUAUUGCUCUUGUGAAGAACAACGCCAAGGUGGGAGGUCAAAUUGCUGUAGAAUUGGCCAAUAUCCGACAAUCGCUUCCCUAAAUUUUGAGGAAUUGCAAGGCAAGUUGUGCAAAAAUCAUCGCCAUGCUUUUACCAUACUAGAUAAAUAUACAAAACCGUGUAAUAAAACUGUACAUCGUAAC